CCUCCAUUUCUUUAUCUCCGUCUCUCUCUCUCUCUUUUAUACUUUCUUUUAUUUCCCCUCUUAUUCUCUGUAUUUGUUUUUUCACUCUCCCUCUUACUCGUGGUCUUUGCUUUUUCUUCUCUCUCCUCCUCCUCCUCUCCUAAUUCCAUCUUUCUUAUUCUUUGUUUGUUUUCUCUCUCCUUCACUCUCUCUAUCUAUCUAUUUUAAUGUCUCCCCCUCUUUCUGUAAUCGUUUGCUACUUUUUUUUCUCUUACCACGACUACUAUAACUGAUCACAGACGCUAAAGAACUACUUCCGGUUACGAAAAAUAAUAAAAUUAUGAAAACGAGUAGCGUUUCCGGUUUAAGAUUUUAAAAUAUAAUCGAGAGGAAUAGUGGGAGAGUAAGAGAGAAGAAAGAAAGAAAAUACAGAGGGAGAGGGAAAAGGAGUAAGAGCGAAGAAAGAGAGUGAGUUAGAGUAAAGCAGCGCAAAUAACAGAGAGGAAGAGAGACUAAGAAUAAGAGGGAGAAAAAAAGAGAUAAAGUGAAUAACAGAGAGGGGGAAAAGAAAGGAAGAUAAAGUAAGAAUAAGAGAGAGUGAGAGUGGAGGAGGAAGUGAAUGUUUAUUUAAUUUUAUUUCUAUAUUAAGAGGAGAAAAACAGCAACGGUGGAAGAUAAUGAUAUCUAUGAAUAUAUUUGUGAAAUAAUAAAUAAUUUUAAUUAAUGAGAGAAGAUGAAUUCAGAAGACGUUAUGGAAAGAUUUGGAGUCUUGUGUGAGGAAAGAAACACAGAAUAACAACAAACAUUAUAAUAAUUAUAACAAAUAAUAAUUACACCAAUAAUAUAUAUAUAUGUGUGUGUGUAUAUAUGUAUAUGAAUGGUAUUGGUGAUUCAUAAUGUGAAUAGGACUUCAAUUAUGUGAAAACAACAUUUGCUUCCUCCUCUCUUUGGAAAGAAUAUCAGAGGUUUUUAAACAUCAUUAUCCCUCUGUAAUAUAUUCUUCGCUAUUACCACUGUCAUCACCAACACAAUCAUAAUCAUUAUCUUCAUCAUCAACAUUAUUGUCGUCAGCAGUGUUAUUGGUCACCACCGCCACAUGCUGUCUCGUACCUGAAACGCAUCGGCAUUAUUAAACAUACAUAUAUGUGUGUGUGUAACCGUGUAUAUAUGUAUAUAUAUAUAUAAACAUAUAUUUACGUAAAUAUACAUGAGUGUGUGUGUGCAUUGUAUGUUUAGUUAAAAGUCUUUGGACUAACGGUUCUCAGGCGGGACUAGCACCAAGUUCUUCUCAGAACACACACAAGACAUAUACACAUAUAUAUUUUAAAAGAAAAAAGGACGAAUUCGGCCAAGGAACCAUGUCACAGGAUCUGCAUUAUUUGGUCACCAAACAAGAAGGCAGAAAGCAGCAUCGACACAGAGACAUGUUUGACCAAAUUCUUUCCUAGAUAUAUCUACAGCGACCAUUGCUUCCUUCCUCCAGAACACAAUCUACCUGAAGAAAUUUUGGAAGAAAUAAAGCAGGGAAAAAGCAGAACCAUCGACCGCCAAGAGGCAUUCCUGACAUCACAGCCAGAGUCCAAGCUUCACAAUCUCCGCAACCGUUUGCCGUGUUUCUGUAAGACUUGAUCAAUGAUGAGCAAUUGGGCCAGUGACCGCAACCAACUCGUUCAACAACAACAACAACAACAGCAGCAACAACAGCAGCAAGCCAUGGCUGCCAACUACCAAUCCAACUACAAUCCGGCUAUUUCUCACUCCGGCAUGAAUAUAUCCAUGACGCCAAUGACGGCAACUAUCAAACGAGAACCGAUGCCAUAUAGCAGCAGCUGUAGUGGAAGUUCUGCAGGUGCUGCAUUCGGCAGUGUGCAGCAGAUUCCUUCACGGUCUUCUGGUGCUUCUCUCGGUAACCAACCUUUGUCCGGUGAGACAAUGUACUAUAGCCACGGUGUCCCAUUUGCGGGCAAUCCGCAAGGAAGCAACGUAGCCCGGAUUUAUCAAAAUGCAGGUCCUGCUCCCCACCCAUCACAGAAUGUCGCUAAUAUCCGCUACCAGAGCCAGUCCCCUUCAAACCAAGUCGUGCGCCUUUAUCAAAGCUCGUCAUCUCCGAAUAAUUCAGCAGCCAGAUACCAACGUUCGUCACCAAACAAUGGCAACAUUGGUGUCCGAUUCCAGUCGACAGCGCCCCCGUCUCAACAAGGGGCUGCCAGUGUCAGUCUAAGAUACCAACCCCCACAAGGUGGCAUGGCUAAUGUCCACUACCAGACACCAGUAUCCAACCCGAACCAAACGAUACGUUAUGUGAACCAGUCAUCCGAGAUUGCAAUGGUUAACCAGCUGCAGCAGCAGCAGCAACAGCAACAGCAGCAGCAGCAGCAAGGCACCAAGCAGUUCUUACCCAGUGCUCAAGAUCUGCGCAGCCCUGCACUCUCAGCACUUUUGGCCGGCAAAGCUAACCAAGUGGCUAGCCAGAACAGCAGCUAUGCGCACCAACAGAGUCAGCACUACAACAGCAGCAGGCAGAAUCCUAAUGCCCUCACGCUGCGUACAUUACAACCGAAACCCAGUCCUCCAGCGUACCCAAACACCCCGAGACCAUACCCUGUUGGGAGCCAGCCAAGUCUUCAGUACGGUAACCCACAACCUUUGCUUAACCAGCAAGAGAAGGACAGCAAUUACUUGAACCAGCAACCCUUAAUGCCAACACUCAAUCAGCUGCUGCAGGCAAACCAAUUCUCCCAGCUGAACGCCAACAAAGCAGUGGUUAAUCGACAGAAUCAGUUUACCCAGCAUUCAGCCAGUCCCUACCGUAUCCACCCCUCAAUUACCCAGGCUCCCAAUGUCACUGUCCAGAUGUACAACCAGGCACAGAGUACAUUCGGCAUGGGUGCCAAUCAGCCAAAGGCCCCACCGAGUUCUGCCAUGCCGCCUCCCCCUCCGUCCUCGUCCAUUAACAAACUGGCCAACUACCCGGACACCCCCCCUGCCCCAGCCCCGGCGUCAUCGUCCUCCUCCUUUUCGUUGUGGCAUAAACCAUCACAGUGGAACACAAUUAAUUAA